AUGGCGAUGCAAAGUGGAAUAGGCCUUUCCAAGAUUCUCAUCUUGAUCGGAGCAGGUAUCCGUGGCCAAAUGCCUUCUUUCGUGCUUAUUUUACCUGUCUAUUGGUGGUAUCUCAGGGUUUUCCUCGUUCAAUUGGCAGGGUAUACUGGCUCGAUCGUGUUGCGAAACGGGAAGCUGUCUGACAUUCUAGGCGAUGUACAGGUACGACACCAUCCUGAACGGUGAUCCCUUCAUAGAAUGGAUGAUGCUCAUUCUUGCCUAGGAUCAUCUGAAUUUAUUUUCGUUUACUACAGGUUCUAGUCAAGGGACUGGAAAAUUCCAAGGAAUCAUCCCACAAAGAUUCUGAGUCCUCUCAUCUCUCUAAUCAGGUAUUUCAUCGCCACUGUUAAUCACUUGAAUUCCGUGGUCACUUCAUGGCAAUCUAGAAUUUUUGCACUUUGUACCUAGAAUAGGCUAAUGGAAAUUUUCAUUGUCAUGGUAUAGUAGCUAAUUAUGUAUCAGUCUUUAUUCAUCAUUUAUAAAAUAGUUACUAAAAAUUUGAGUUGGUUUUGGAAAUUUGAUAAAUGAAACAUGAUUUCCCCUGGCUUGAAAUGGCUUCUCCAAUGAUUCUAAUUUAAAUAUAUAAUCCGUCAUUCUUUUAUUUUGGAAGGGGGCUGUUUUCGGUUGUUAGAAACAGGAAGGUUAGCGACGAAGUUAUCUUAUUCUAGAUCGAACCGUAAUUUCGUUUUCUUCUGAGUUCAUGAUGUGUCAGUGAACUUGAAAUCAUGAUUGACCAAUUUUGGCUAUGAGGAUCUUGAGGAAAUUUUCGCAUGGCGGAAUGUAGGAAAUUUUGAGGAUAGCACUUUGAAGGAGACCGUAGAUUUUGAAGGAAGUACUCAUUUUUUUACUUCUUUGUUUUCUCUGAUUCGAGGGAACUACUGUAACUCCUUCCCUUAUAAUGUAGCCAAAUAAGAGAGUACUUCUGGUGCUUUGGUUAAUGCUAUAAAAUUCAAUGAAAAGGUCAAACGGAUUCCAGAAUCUCUCUAAUAUAGGGAUUGAAAUCAAGAGAAAUGAUGAAACAUUGUUAGAAUUACCUUGUGGGCUCAUGAGAAGUGGGUUACCAAGUGUCAAGGCUAUCCCUUUCUCAGUUUUUUUAAGGCAAUCCCUUCCUGAAAGAAAUGUGGGGAGGGUAAAGGUUGUGAAGCAUGUGAAGAAUUUUCAUUCGAGUAGAGAAAAACCAACCCAGAAUUAUUUGUAAUAGAUGCAAACCACACAUACAAAAAUAGGUGUGCGAGAAUUCCCUAAAGUCGAUCCAGGAUACCUUAUGGUGAGCUCAACACUCCUGGCUUACGUCCCUUAGAUGAUAUAUAUCUGCCUAGGGUUUGCUUCGAGCUUUGACCUGAAGGAAAUGCUCUAAGGGCUUUGGGAACUCUCUAGAUCAUCUAUUUAGCUAGAGGCAUAUGAUUUCCCCAGCAUGCAUCCAGAGGGUUUUUCUGCUCCACUUUUUAUGACUGAACCACAUUCUGAAUGUGAUUAGUGGGCGGUCUGCUUGGGCUCCAGUUAAGUGUCAUCUUUCCCUAUGGAGGACGAUUGAAAUGACUUUCCAAUGAAGUUCAAUAAACACUCGUAAUUUCUAAGUGAAUGAGAUGAAAAUUUCUGAUAGAAGCCUUUUCUUGGAUCACCAUCCUCGUUGCAUCUCUCAAAAGAGAAUACAAAUUCCCGUGCCUUAUGAACCAUUGAGCUUCAAACAAAUAGUUUCAUGACACCCUGAUCUUUGACAAGGUUGAAUGCUCAACUAGGAGAGAACUUCAGAAAAUCCUUCACAUGUUUCCAUAAGCUAAACCUCCUUAGGAACUCAGACUUGAAAUGGAAUCUAUAUAACUCUGUGAGGGUGGCUCAAAUGCAUUUAGACUUAUUAAUUUGAUUUGGAUAUAAAAGGUCGUAUAUUCAAGAGUGAGAGAAAACCAUUUUCAUCUUCCGAAAAUGACUGACAUUGUUUUUUUUCCUGAUCUGUAAAAUGAAAAAUUGAGAAACAGUUUUUUUAUGGUAAAAAACAUAUUUAUCUCAGUCGGUUUGCAAGAACAAGAAGAAAAAGAACAAAGCAAAGAGUCUGUCGAAUUUCAAUAUUCAGUUUCGCCAAUAAGACACAGAGGUUUUCUUCCCAUUUGCAAUCACAUAUACAGGAUUUUUCAUCUCAAAGGGGUUUGCAUAUUAUGCUGAGAAAACGUCAACGGCUGCUGGGUAUUGUUCAAAGAAAAAUGAAGUACGUAAUAAUAAAUUAACUUGUCUGCUGAAUAUUCGGUGGCAAAAAAUAAGUCCAUCCGAUUCGUUUGAGCAAUUAUUGUUUUGAUUAGAUUUUAUUUUUUUUGUCAACAAAUCUCGUUUCGAAAUUACGGAUAUGUUGGUGAAAGGCAGAUAAAAUAUCUCUUUAAAAAAUUUGUGUUUUUCAUUGUUUAAAGAUCAUAGGCAUAUACUGGUAUUUUUUUUCCCGUAUUCUCCAAUAUGCUUCUGCCAAUCCACAUUGCUCUUGGACGGAAGCACAACUAUUUUAUUGCUAAUAUGUUGGUGAUGAUGCACGUAAUAUGCUUUUAUUUUGUACCCUUCUUAUGGUUGUGCUGUCAUUUUUCCUUUUAUAUUAUAUUCAUAUAAACCAUUUUGGAAUACAUUUGUCGAACAUGUGAUGAUGACUUUUUAAAAAUUUCACAGCUGGACUGGUUAACAAGAGAGGUUCAACGGAUGGCCUCUGCUCGCCCAAUAACAGUUCUCAAUGGAAAUUCCAACCAAGGUGGCAGUUAUUAUUUGCUGGGAAAUUUAUCUGAUGGUUUUUUCUGCCUUCACUCGUUUCAAAUAUGGAUCAGGAUUUUUCUGUUUUUUAUUACCUUCUCAAAUCGUGAAGUUUUGUACUUGCAUAGAAUGCAAUGUUCAUGAGCUUGAUCAUGCUAGCCAUCUGAAGUUCAAAGUUCAUAUCAUUAGCAGUUUUUCUCCUUCAACAGCCAUGCACUGUUUUCUGUUGGUUUGUGAUCACUGAUAUAAAUUGCUCUUUCAGGAAGUAUUUCUCCUCUGAUUGUGCCACUCGCCUCCUUGGGGGCAUUAGGAUAUGGAUAUCUGUGGUGGAAAGUAUGUUUUAUUUUGAAGUUCCUGUAAUAUGUACACAUAGCGUCUGAAAAUAACUGAUCUUUUUAUUUGGCCUAUUUUCAACUUGAUAGGGAUAUUCUUUAACAGAUCUUAUGUAUGUUACCAAGCGUAACAUGGCAAAUGCUGUUUCAAGCAUGACAAAACAUCUUGACCAAGUGUCUUCUGCUCUUGCAGUAAGUUUUUGUUUUACAAGUCGUGCGUAUUUCUCCUCUGCCACACCUUUAGAACACCUAUUUCCCUAUCAUGAUCACAUGUGCUUAUUGGUGUACCAUGUUCUGUUGGUGAUCUAGUUCACAUUAUGUGGAGCAUCUAGUAUUAUGAUUGGCAGAAAGCUUUCUAUUAGUUUAUCAUGGAUCAUAUCCUGAGAGUUGGAGAUCCACUUUUGUAAAUUACAUAACUGAUAGUUAUGUUUUUUCUGGUGUUAAUAACAUGAUGUAUCUCUGAUGUACAGUUGGUGAUUAUUUCAUGCUACCUUGAAUUAGGUGUGUGUGGCUAAUUUGACAUUUUCUUGUACGGUUUUCAUUUCUUUUCUCUGUCUAGGCGGCAAAACGGCAUUUGACACAGAGAAUCGAGAACUUGGAUGGAAAAGUUGACGAGCAGAACUCAAGGUUGAAGGAAAUCAAAUAUGAGGUAAAUUUCUCAGCACAUACUUUAUACUUUUUUCAAGAUGAGGAUUUGCCUGAACUCGAAGCUGAGGUUUCUUAUUCAGAAAUAGCCUCGCUUUGCGCAAGAUUGUCUGGAAGUUAAAGAUGCUAAGAGAUUAAGCCCAGUGGCAAUGUAUUUCUUUGUACUUCUCAAUUGUUUUGCCUCUCUUUCUUUCAGAGGACAUCAAGCACUUCUAUCAGUACAAUUCAAUUUCCUUCUUGGUAGAAUUAUUAUGCUAUCUCUCUCUCUCUCUCUCUCUCUCUCUCUCUCUCUCUCUCUCUCUCUCUAUCAUAAUCUUCGGUAUACAUGUUACGUUUAACAGGUGACUGAUGCUAAUGGAAAACUUGGAAAGAUCGGUGAUGAUAUCAAAUCCAUUGAAGCAUUCAUUGCAAGUCUGGUGAGUCUUGUAUCUUUAAUCUGCGUCAAACUAAGAGCCCAAUUGCUGUGUAACCAAAUGCAUUUUUCUUUUGGUACAGGAUGGAAAGGUGAACUCAAUUGAAGUCAAGCAGGUAGGCACUCUUUUCUUGUUAUUCAACCUUAUAUAACUCAAUUAUAAAUUAUAUUUUGCUCCUCCAAUCGCUCACUGAUCCGUGCAGUUCGUUGAAUUUUGUCAAGAAAUGUUGUGGGUUUUUUUUUUAAUACUAAAUUUAGCUUCAGCAUAGAUAAUCUUCUCUUUGGUGAAAAAGCAUGAAAGGGUUGUGGGUUUGAUGACUGUGUUAAUAAUUUCAGCUCCCUUUUUUUUAAAAAUUAAUUCAAUAUGAAAAUAGGUGUAACCUUAGACGAAAUAAUAGAAGGAAAGUCAGAAUAGAAAUGAAAGGCGUUUUUACUGCCCUCUCAUGACAGACAAAGAUGCCUUCUCUUUCUUAAAGAGAAGUCACAGCAUCCACAAUUCCCUCUCUGAUUGUGCUCGAUUUUUUGUCCUAUCUAAUGUUCUCAUUCAUUUUCAUUUCCUCUUUGACUUUUGUGGAUUUCAGCAAGAAAAUAUAUGGUUUUUGAUAUUUGCCUCAGCUUUUAUGGCAUGAGCUAUUUCUGUCUAAUGCUAGAUUUUGCCAGACUUAUUUUAUCAGUUUUCCCUGACCUUUACUGGCCACAACUCUGGUGACAGGAUCUUGCAUGCCAGGGAGUAUUGUACCUCUGCCAAUUCGUUAAUGACAAAGGGGGGAAAACGCCAGAGUUUCUCCUGGUUUGUUCCCGUUCUUGGCCAUUAUUAACUUUCUAAGUCUUUUGAAAAUCUUAUUUCUACUGCAUCACGCAAUACCCAUGCCACACGGGUCCUCUUGUCUAGCUAGCUGUCAGCUUCAAGACUCCCAUCCCUCUGUGUUCUUGACAAGUGUUUAAAUCUCCUGUGCAGAACAUGGCUAAAUCUACUACUGGGAAGCGUAUAGGGUUCUCAGAACCCAUGAGCUUAAAGGUCGGAUGCCCUCUCGUCCUCAUCAUUUUCCAAACUUUAUGUAUUAGAUCAACUGGGUCAUCCUAAAGUUAUGAAUUCAUGUUUCAUUCACAUGGCCCAGGGCCUUCAGCACAUAGCAGAGUCUCUGGAGAGACCAAGCCCUCUACCGAAUGAAAUCCCCCAGAUUGAAAUCGAUCCCACAGAGAACCUGAAGCAACUGCCAAGGUUUGCUCCGGAUUUGUCUCCUGUGGUGCUUGUUGUUCUUGCUGGUAAAUGGCUGAUGCCAUGGAAUCUUUCUUGCAGGACGGCUUCCAUCAAGUGCUGA